UGACGCCCCCUUCUCGGCCGCCAGCCCUCCACACCUCAACCGCCUUGCUCCACCUCCCCAGUGUACCCGCUCCAGUCCCGCCGGCCCGGGAGGGCGCUUGGAUUUCCUUCUCUAAGGCGCGUAUCUAACCCUUCCUGCAUGUAUUUCACUGCAGGCUGAAGAAAGCUCAGUCUCAAUUGUGUUUCCUGCCUGUCAGCCUCUUGCCUCCUAAACGCGUACCAUUUCCACUUGAUGUCAUCAUGCAGAAGGGGGUGAAAGAGACUCGGUGACAGAUUCAGAAAUGAACACACCUGUGAGUACUGGAUGCCUGUGAGCUCGCCAUCACCCGCACUGCAAAGACACAGGGCGGCAGCCUCUGAGAAGCAGCUCCUUCCCCUUCACCUUGGCCUUGCCCUUCCUACUCACAGUCCACCAUGGAGACGCUGUCCCAGGACUCUCUGCUGGAAUGUCAGAUCUGUUUCAAUUACUACAGCCCCCGGCGCAGGCCCAAGUUGCUGGACUGCAAGCACACCUGCUGUUCAGUGUGCCUCCAGCAGAUGAGGACCAGCCAGAAGGAUGUGCGGUGCCCCUGGUGCCGCGGUGUCACCAAGCUGCCCCCCGGCUUCUCCGUGUCACAGCUCCCCGAUGACCCGGAGGUCCUGGCUGUCAUCGCCAUUCCACACACUUCUGAACACACCCCGGUCUUCAUCAAACUUCCCAGCAAUGGGUGCUACAUGCUGCCCCUGCCCAUCUCCAAGGAGCGUGCGCUGCUGCCCGGAGACAUGGGCUGCCGCCUGCUGCCCGGGAGCCAGCAGAAGUCCGUCACCGUGGUGACCAUCCCUGCUGAACAGCAGCCUCUGCAAGGUGGGGCUCCCCAGGAGGCAGCGGAGGAGGAGCAGGACAGGCGGGGCGUGGUGAAAAGCUCCACCUGGUCGGGGGUGUGCACUGUCAUCUUGGUGGCUUGCGUCCUGGUCUUCCUCCUCGGCAUCGUGCUCCACAACAUGUCUUGCAUUUCUAAGCGCUUCACUGUGAUAUCCUGUGGCUGAACAGGGCUACAGGGAAGUCUCUUGUGGGUGCCAACUUAGGGGUUGAGCAGGUUGAUGAUGAGAUCCCGGUGAGAAGAUGGGGGGCGACACUGACCAUUUGGUGCUGAGCGCUGGCCUCUGCAUUGCCUCUUGAUUACCCCAAAACAGACACAAAGGGCAGAAGGUGAGGUCUCAACAAGAUACCAAGCGAAUUGUUCUGAGUGUUGAUGGCAACAGCUUGGAAGAUGAUUGCAUGCAUCCUCAUAAUCAUGUAUUCAAUGGACUGUAAUUUAUGAUUUUUCAAAAUCAUGUUACAAGAUAGACAUAUUCUACUUAGACGUGAAACUGUACAAGUGCGUACAAUGUGACUUUCUCUAAAUGUGGUAGAUUCAAACAAAGAUGCUAUGUAGACAAGUAGAAUUAAACCUGCGAAUCCGUGUAAAAAUUCAGUGAAGACAUGCACUGCUGACUUCUUUACUUUUUUUUUUUUCUUUUUAUUGAAACCCAGUCUUCAUUUAGUUGCUAAGGCUUUUACACAUUUUGAAUGGCACCAAAACAAAAUAAGUCAAAACGGACAGUCCUUUUUUUUUUGGAGAAAAUAUUUGAACAAGUGUCUCCAAUGUGUUGUGUUUUGUCAUGAACCUUCAUUUUCUUCACUUGUAAUUAGAACUUGCUACGUGUUUAUGAAACUGAAAGCUCAACAGGGGAGCAAUAAACCGAGAAAUCAUGAGAAAUGUCUAAUCCCACAGGAAACCUGUAUGCCGAUUUUUCUCAAGCCAUCUCACAAACAAGAAUUUCAAAUGUAAA